GGCGAGAUAUUUGCCUCCCGUUUAUCUUAUGUGGGGCAGGACCAUAUGAUAUGGCUUACGUCACUGGCCACACUAAAAGCAAAGGCCAAAGACAAGAUAUCUGUCUUCAUAUAUUUUCCAUCCUUUCUUGUGUUACUCUAGAAAGUUAAAAAUAAACACUUUUCAUUGAAAAAUGUAAAAACAUCACUAAUUGGUCAUUGGUCUAAACAUUUGGAAAAACAGUUAUAGGACAUGUUUCUUCCACUUUCUUUUUAUCAUUUCAUUACCAUUCUUCAUGGUAAUGCAAAUUUGGCUUUAAUAGAUAACUAAUUCAACUUCUAUACGACUACUAAAAAAUUAGGAAAUAAGAAACUCGAGGUUGCAUGAACACUUGACAUGUUCAUUAGAUUUUAUAUGGGGAAUAUAAUUAAAUCGUUCGUUUCCGGUUUCACUACAGUUAUAACCAAUUUUUUUUCCUCUCCACUCGAUUUUCUUGCUGGAAAAUCUUGCAGUUCAGUUUGUGGGUCAACAUGGGAUUUUAUUUGUUACAUAGAAAAUUUCUGCGUUGCCAAUCUUCUAAAGUUGGCCAUGGUCCUGGCUUUGUUCCACAUCGUGCUCUUAUUCUUCUAUCUCUCUUACAAACUGGGAAUCUAUGAAUGUAUUUUUCAUAGCCUCUGCAAAAUGAUAUGGGCAUGCCUAAUUUCUUGCUUCUCUUUAUGGGAAUGCUGUUUCAUUUUCCUGUGUAAUAAUUUUAAAAUGCUCAUAAGCCAUCGCCGGAGAAGAGAGUUUAGUACUGAGUUUUCUACAAGUGAAAUACAAGACUAUAAUUAUGAAGCUAUUAGGAGCACGGAGAUGGAGGUUACAAGUAGAUCGUUGUCUCGGCGCGGAAGGAGAGAUUACAGGAGAAUUCACCACUUGAGGAAAUAUAUAAGAACAAGAAAUCAUCGGAUUCAAGUAGGGUUAAGUGCAGAAUCGGAGUAUGGUUAUGGAAGAAAUUACAGCAAUAUCAAACAUGGAAAUUAUAGUACCAAUCAUAAGAUCAGGGUUGUUCACUCAUCAAGAUUUGUACGGAAAGGCACAAAUCUUAGGCCUAGGCUUUAUUCUAAAGUAAGGUGGUGAACACAUGUAUUACCAGUGACUGAUUUGAAUUCUUUGUAUCUCUUAAUUUUAUCAACUUUCUAGCUCCAAAAUUAAGUUGAUUUUGAGAAUUAAGUUGGUUCUUGAACAUUUUAUCAUGUUCAAUUCCAAUUUCUAAUUUCAGUUGUAGGAUAGAUUUGGGUCUUAUUAGGACAAAAUUAGAAACUGAAUGAUUGGUUAGACCAAAAACGGAAAAAUAUCUAUUUGGUCCUUACUGAAUCAAUUAAGAAAGUGGAACGUUAAUACCACGUUAACAUCAUGAAUCCGAACAAAAUAGACCUAUGAGCAUAUAUAACUCAGAUUCUAGCCUGGUUGAAAAUUGGAUUUACUACUAAUUUGAACUAUUAGGGCUCUAAUGAAUAUAUUUCCCUCUCUUGCAUGAGGAAGACAAUUACAAAAACAUAAGUAAUUUUUGA